ACUGAUGCAUCCUGUGGUUCCUUUCCUGUACACUGGUUCAGCUGGAGAGCUGCCCCCAGGACCAGAUCUUUGGGACAAGCCUGGCCAGCAUGAAAGUCAUCCAGAGGUGGUUCCGGAGGUGGAUUCCCAGGAUCAGCAUCCAGAGCCCCCAGAGAUGGAUGAGAACUACAAAGACCUGCAGGCGGCCCUGGCUGAGCCUUCCUUCACUCCUGAAGAGGCUGAGCCUCCUGUCCAGGAGGAAGCCCCAGCUCCACCUUCAGCGCACCCUCAGGGGACACCUCCACAUCCCGGGCAGGUUCCCAGUCAGCGUCCAAACCUGACUCAGGUCACAGCUGCACCUGGGGACCUGGACAUUUCCGUACCUCGGCAGCCAGAGCCGUCUGAGACAGGUUUUCCAUCACUGACUCAGAAUUCAGUGGUGAACACCACCACAAACAACAUAUGUGAGCUCUGUAGCUGCACAGACAAGACGCUGGCAUGCGUUGGUCUCAGUCCAGAGCAGAAGCUCCAGAGUGUGCCCGUGCCAGAGCCCAACGCUCACAAUGGCACCUUCACGAUCUUAAAUUUCCAAGGAAACUCUAUUUCUUACGUUGAAGAAAAUACAUGGAAGUCAUACACUUGGGUUGAGAAACUAAAUCUUGGUUGCAAUCUCAUUACAGAACUGAGCUUUGGAACAUUUCAGGCCUGGCAUGGAAUGCAGUUCUUACACACAUUAAACCUCAGUCAUAAUCCUCUGACAACUGUUGAAGAUUCUUAUUUUUUCAAAUUGAGAACAUUAAAAUAUUUAGACAUGGGAAAAACCCAAGUGACACUCAAAACAGUUGAGAACAUCGUCAUGAUGAGCCCCAAGUUAGAAAAACUGAUUUUACCUAGCCGUAUGGCCUGCUGCCUCUGCCAAUUUAAAAAUAAUAUCGAGAUUUUCUUCAACACAGUCAAGCUGCAUUGUGACAGUGAAUGUCUGACAAACAUCGCAUAUUGUGAUGAUGAAACAUCUAUAGGGAACCCAGAAGGGUCGUUCAUGAAGGCAUUACAAUCCCGGAAGAAGAGUAGCAGCCCUGAGCUGACUAUCGAGCCAGAGAAGGCCGCUGCAGACAAAAAUGCCAUCAGUUUGUCAGCCUUCAAAAAUGAGCAAGGAGACUUUAGCAAGGAAAGUGUUCUUAGUGCACUUGGAUACAUAUCAUCUUAUUUCUCUGGAUAUAUGGAAGGUGCAGAAUCAGCAUCAUUACAAUUGAUUAAACUUCUUCUUUUAUACUUACAGGGAGGAGAUAAGCCUGUGGGGCAUUUGCAAAACAACGCAGAGAACACUUCUCUUCCACCUGGAUCCAGCAUUUCAGCUGACAAAAAUAAACAGAGAAUAAUCUCUGUUCUGGAAGCUAUCUUAGAUGGCAUGCCUCUAUAUUCCAAACUUCUGCCUCCCAAAUUUCAACCUCAAAUCUCCACCAAAACAUUGGAAACUGCCCAAUUACAAGAAAACAGCCCACCAGAGAUUCAGAGAGUAGGGAGGAGGCAGAGGCCUUUGAAAGUGGUCAUCAAGGGCCCAAAGGGCAUAUGGAAGAGGCAACUCAGACAAAUGAGGAAGGCUGGCAUCAACAGGAAGCAGAGGGCCCAGCUCCUUGCGGAGAGCACGGUCGAAGAAAAAGGGCUCACGACGGCAUCCCCAAGGGCGCCGGAGCAGCCUCACGUGGAGCAGCCCCCCAGGGAGACCGCAGGAAGCUCCUUCACAGAGUCUUCAUUCCGAGGGGAACAGGAGGCAGCCGUCCCUUCUGUCCAGUACUUGAUGGGCAGGCCAUCUGCUUCCAAUACUCCAAAAUCUCUACCUGAGAUUAAACCAAAAUCGAAAGACCUAGCUGACAGUAUUUUUGUUUUAGAAGCUGCAAGUGCUGGAAUGAGAAAUAUGAAGGCUUCUGAACCAACCUCACACUUAAGAGAAAAGUACCUCUUUCCUGAAACUUUGCGGCAUGCAGGUCACAAAAUACUCAAGGCCAAAAUGAGUAGACAGUUCAGCAAUAAACGUUCACAGAAUAGCCCAAUGGUUGUGAACAAGCCUCCAUUCACUGCAAUGAGCCUUAUAAACUCCCCUUCACAAGAGGCUUUUUCAUCGUCAGAACUGACUUCUCAGAAAAAUCAUUUUCCAGAUUUAUUUUCUCCUUUGGAUCCAACUCCCAAACUCAGCAAGGAAACACAACAGGAACACGACAAUGUGGGCACUGACUUACCCUCCACAUCCACAGCCUUCCCUUUCCCAGGGAGCUCAUCUCCAGGUGACCACCCCGAAGCUCAGCUAAACGAGCAGCUGCGGUCCCUCAUCACCAACAAUGAUGUGAGAAGGCUCAUUUCUCGUGUUUUCUGGACUUUGAAAAUGGGCUGCUCUGAGACUCACCUGAAACCAGCCUGUGCCAAGCUCAUCUCCCAAACCGGCCUCCUGAUGAAGCUUCUCAGUGAGCAGCAAGAAGCAACGGAGCCCAGGGCAGACUGGGAUACAGACCAGUGGGAAACAGAAAACUACAUCCACGGGAGUCCAGAAGCCCAGAGUGAACAGGAAGAGCAGGAGAUCCAUGAGUUCCCAAAAGUUCUGGUGCAUGGGUAUCAAAUCAAAGUCAUCUUGGCAUUGUCAGUGACAGGAGCAGUGCUGGUGUUGAUUAUAGCUUUCUGUCUCAUUAAGAUGUGCUCCCGUAGAAGGGCAGUGCUGGAUGAAGAAGGAGGCUCAAGGGGCUUCCUUGCAUAUCUGGAUAAACCCUCAGAAGAGCGUAAGAAUCAGAAGGGCUUUUCCUGGAGAAGGCGGCUUUGGCUCAGGAAUAUGUACAGAACCAUCAGUCCCUCACGUGAGAAAAACCUGGCACAGAAGCUACUUGAGACAGAUGGAGGAGAGCUCAGUGAAGUCGUAAUAGAGAAGGAUGUGACUUCAGGGUCGGGUGCCGAAGGGAGGAGAGUGAAGCCCAAGAUACCACCACAGAGGGGGCCCCAGCCUGCCCCGGGCCACCUACAACGCUUCUAAUAUUGGCUUCUCAAUAAAAUACAUAA